AACAUCGUUGAGUGAAACUCUAGACGAGUCUGCUUGCGGUGGCGUUUAUCGCUUCAUCUUCUGCGGCGAGACUGUAGCUGAUACAUCGACAAAAUCACAACCCUAACAUUACCGCAAACGAGCUCGUUCGCCCAGCGACAAAACGCCCUGGAUAUGACAGUCACCAAAGCUGAAGGCUUUUCCGAUGCUGGCCUGGAAAAGUAAGAGCUCUCCGGCAGACAAGUCGCGGCACAUGCUCACCAUGGCGUCACUGCUGUGUCUCUUCUUCUCUUUGCUUGGCCUGGCUGCCAUCGGUGCUGUGAAGAACUGUCAUCCGCAGUGUCGGUGUGAAGUGGAGACCUUCGGCCUCUUCGACAGCUUCAGCCUCACCAAAGUGGACUGCAGCAGAAUCGGCCCUGGAAAUACCCCAGUGCCAAUUCCUUUGGACACGUCCCAUCUGGACCUCUCCCUCAACUCUAUCACCUCCAUCAGCGACACAAUGCUUUCUGGACCGGGUUACACCACCUUAGUCAGUUUGGACCUAAGCAGCAAUCUCAUUGCACAAAUCAGUCCCAAAGCAUUCUCCAAACUGCGUUACCUUGAGACGUUAGACUUGAGCAGCAACGCUCUCGAAGGUCUCAGCGACGGCUGCUUCACUGGACUCCCUCUGGUCGAGCUGGACCUGAGUGAAAACCAAUUCAAAGAGUUCAACCUUGAUCUCUUCACCACCAGGACACAGGAUUUACCAAUAAUGGUGGACUUGUCACGAAAUCUUCUUACCUCCAUUUAUAGGAGAACACCAGGCCAUCCGUUGUACAUCAAGAGUCUCAUGCUUGCAGGAAACCAAUUGAAGACGGUGCCGAAGCUUGAUGGGAUUCCACUUCAGUAUCUUAACCUGGAUGGAAAUCUCAUCUCUAGCAUUGACACAGGAGCCUUUGAUUUGCUGACAGAAUUGGUUCACCUGUCUCUCAGCAGCCUGUCCGAACUGACCUUGAUUCAUCCAGGUGCUUUCAGGAGUCUAAAGAACCUGCAGGCUUUAGACUUGUCCAACAAUAGCCAACUCAAGACGCUGAGCCCCGAUGUUUUUAGCGGACUCGUCUCUUUACAAGAGCUGAAUUUGUCCAAUACUGCUGUCACACCAUUAUCAAGGACCGUUUUUAUGCAGAUGCCAAACAUAAAGAGUAUAACUCUAGGGCCAAACGUGCAUUGCUGGAAGACACACAAGCAGGGACAGUUUCACAGACAGAUUGGACAGGCCAAACCCAAUGAUAUACUUACCUGUGACAACGCAGGACUGAUCUUAUGAGCCUGAAGUGCCAAGGAAAGACUUAUUUUCUCAUCUCUGUGCCUUAAUAAUAUCUUAUCAGACUUUUGUAGUUUAAGAUUGCAUCGUAUUUGCACAUUGUCUGCCAAACAAGGUCCACCAUUUUACUUGUUCGUCACAUUUCAGUAUAUCGCAAUGACUUGUGCACUUUAGUUACCACAUUUCUGUUCUUCUUCUUAAAGUCAGUUGAGAUUUGCAGUGUGUUGUCAGCUCUGAUGUGAUGUGUUUGAUUUGGUUUUGUUCAACACAGAACUUAGUCUUAAAGUUUCUUUAGUUGUGUGCGAAUAUACACCAGUUUUGAAGUUAUGGUACCAUAGAUAAUAAUGAAUUUAACAGUAUUCAGUUCACCCAAAAAUGAAAAGUUUGCCAUUAUUUACUCACCUUCACUUGUUUUGGACCUGUUUUUUAUUAUUAUGAUGAUGAUGAUGAACACAAAAGAACAUUUUGUGAAUGUUGGAAAUGUGUAGCCUUUCACUUCGAUAGUGUUUUGUUUCCUACUAUGGAUGUUGAUGGCUACCAUUUUCCAACACUCCUCAAAAUACCUUAUUUUGUGUUCAACGUAAAGAAGAAAUUAAUGAGGGAUUGGAACUACUUGAGUAAAUGGUGAUGAAAUUUCCAUUUUUGGUGUAAAACAUCCCUUUAAAUUUACACCAACACAUAGUUUGUAUUUAUUUAUUAUUAAUUUACAGUGAACCACAAACACAGAGCAAUAAGUGAAAGUGUUUUACUUGUUUAAAUUGGAGCUUUUAUAUAGAAUCACAAAGAUCAAAAUGACUAUAUAGAAUUUACAUUUUAAUGCUAAAUCAAAAUUCUUAAUUCAUCAGUUGAGUUACAAACUACAAAAUAAAAUAUUCUCUACACAUCACUCAGACUGACACUUGAGGGAAAUGUAACGUUAACAAGUUCACAUCCUUUUAUAAUUCCUAAGUCGUCAUUUCACAGACGUUUACAUGAUAUUGCUCUGAAAUUUUGCACUUUUGAUGUUCUUUUAAGAUUUGUAUGGAUUUUUAAAAAAAAUGCAUGAUGGUUGUUCAUCAUGCGAGAUGUUUUACGUUUGUACAAAAUUAUACUCCUAAUAAAAGAUAAUCAACUUUA